AUGGACGUCCCUGGUGGACAGAGAGUCGGCUCCUCCUCCUCUUCCUCCUCCUCCUCCUCCUCCUGGGCGCAGGGGACGGGGAGGGUAGAAGCGAAGGAGCCAGCUCUCUGCCAUUGUUCUUGUUCUGGAGGUCCGGGGACGGGACGGGACGGCGCUGGUUGGGAACCCGGACGGCGCUCGGUCGCUAUGACGGGCUCCGGUCCGAAGCUCGGGGUCCUGCUGCUGCUCGCGGUGCUGCUGCAGACUGUGGUCGUCACCAUCACCGUGCUGCACUUCACCACGGCGCUCAACGCGAUGAAGGAGACGUUUGCCAGGAGCAGCGUCUCCUGCCUGACGGGCGCCGACCUGCAGAGCGUCACGGUGGUUCGAGGGGAUCCGUGCUGGCAGGUCACUCAGCAGCUCCACCUGCUCAUCGAGAAGUCUCUGUCUCAGCGCUACCAGCGGCAGAUUUCCUCGGCAGUAAGAGAUGAGGUGUCUCGGGUGCUGCCCUCACUUGUGAUGGAGGACAGGGCUUCACCUCGCCCCAAAGUGGCGGCUCACGUCACCGGCAGCUUCGUGCCCAAACUGGAGCGAGAGGGCGACGCCCCGGUCUCGGCGGGGGGGCGGCGGGUUCAGGGCCAGAAGAUCUCGUGGUGGGAGGGGCAGAAGGGGCUGGCCUUCCUCCAGGACGUCCAGCUGGUGGACGGGGAGCUGGUGGUGCCGCAGCCCGGCCUCUACUACAUCUACGCCCAGACCUACUUCAGACACACGGCCUCUCUGGAGGAGGAGGACGAGGACGGGGAGGAGGUGGAGGACAGAGGGAGGCCCCUGCUGCAGUACGUCUACAAGAAGGUGAGCUCCUACCCGGUUCCCAUCCUGCUGAUGAAGACGAGUCGGACCUCCUGCUGGUCCCGGGGCUCCCAGUUCUCCCUGCACUCCGCCCACCAGGGGGGGCUGUUCCCGCUGAGUGCCGGCGACCGCCUGUUUGUCACGGUGACGAACGCCUCCGCCGUGGACAUGGACGAGAAGAGCAGCUUCUUCGGUGCUUUUCUCAUCAGCUAGAUGACCAGCAGGGGGAGCUGUGGUCACGAUUGUGUCGCUCAUUGACUCCUCCUCCUCCUCCUCCUUCUCACUCGUGAAGUGAAAAACUGACGCUAGAAGUCGCAGGUUCGUUCAGAAUCUCAACCGAACACUGGAGUUGUCGGUGAAGACUUAAGACGAACGCGAGGUUGUGUAUAUGUGUUGAUUUUAAAAGUAUCCGAGUGAACGUGACCCAAAGAGAAAGUUCUGCUCCACAAACUUUUCUUGGACACGUCCGUACACUCACGUAAAGUCGUGCACUUACGUUUAAUCUACUGCUUCUUCGUCACGUUUGCUCGACAUGGAGUUCACAUCGAGCCGCGGUCUGCAGCUGCUCUUUAAUUCCGGCCACAAGUGGUUCUUCAAUCCACAGAAACCCACCAAUCACUCAGCAGCGACUUCUCCUCGGCUCAAAGAUGGAUCCUCUCUGUUGUCCCAGGAGGGAUCGACUGUACAUGUUCAUUUCUCACAUUAGAAGUGAACACAUGCAAGCAACAUGUGCCCAGUGGACACAUGGUCGUGUUUACAUGCUCUCAAAGGAGGACAUGUGUGUGAAGCCCAAAACCUCAGAACCCCAAGUUGCCUCGUUUUGACUUCAGCCAGCGUUAAAGUGAUGCAAGAAAAGUUGUAGUAAUUAAGUGUGAGGUGGUUUUACUUCAGCGUGACGUAAGAACUUUAUUAAUUAACUCACCUUUGGCAGACUCCAGAUUCUCCACAAGGGGGCACUGCUGGGAUCUCAGAUAUGCACGCGCCACCUACAGGAGAGAAACAGUCACAGCAACGGUUGUGUACUUUGUAAUCAUUUGUUAUCAAUUUCACGACAAGGGUUCAGUGUUUUCUUCUGAGGAAUGUUUGUGUGUAACCUUCCUCAGAUGGUUCAGCAUUAAAUGAAAGACACGGCGAGGCGCUGACAUCCGCAUGUUGAAGAUUAAAGAAGCAUCUUCAUCACCUCAUCCUUCACGGGUUUGUAAAGUCAAAUUCAAAACACUGCCGCUUGUGUUUUUGUUGGCAGCCGCAUCACAGCCUCUCGCUCGGCUGUCAGUGGUCCAGCGCUCAACUGGUGCAUUAAACGCUGCCUAAUGGUUGGUAUUCCUGGGCAUUCAUGUCAUGUGGGAUCAGAUGCAGAUGUGACCUGCAGACGUGGAGAACAUCACUCACAUCGUCGGCUUCUACUCGUUCUCUAUUGGAGCUCUGCUGCCGUCCAUGUGGCGCAGGGAGCUGCUGGAGUGGAAACUGCAGUGAAGCCUCAGAUUCACAGAGAACAUCACUGAUUAUUGAUUAUUGAACUGAAGGAGAACUGGAGGCAUCGGAGAAUAUAUACGACUGAAGAAGAAAUUCAUCCUGAAUGAAAGACUGAACAUCUCUCUCUCUCAGAAGCUGCGAUAUAAAAUACAAUAAAUGAUCAUGUGCUAAUCAAAAUGUCAUAUUUAAACUUUAAAUGCAUCCUUAACAAAUCAGAAAAGUGGAUUUUAAACAAUAGCACAAUUAUUAAAGUCCAGAAUUAAGUCAGUUAUAUUCACUGGUUCCUUCAGCUCUACUUUGGAAAAUCUAUCAAAAGUCCAGAAAUUCUU